GAAGCACACAAGGAACCACCACGGGUUAAGGUGCGUGACUUAUGUCGGCGGAGAUAAACAGAGACAGCAAUGCUCCUGCUAAUGGCUGUGCAGCUGACGCGUGCAAUGCGCAGCCGAGCUCGCGCCAGCGUCUUCGACCAGUGACAUCACCACAGCCCUCGUUUUCUUCAUAUCGCACCGAGAGCAUCUCACCUGGCAUGCAGCGCCCGGGAAUUACGCACGAGCCGGCCAACAGAGUUCCCACGCUCUCUCCUCAUUCUCAAGGCCCAGAGUUGAAAAGCGGCACCGUGACUGGUGAUGGCCAGCUGAUCUCAGCUGGUCUGCAUGCCAUAGAACUUACAAACAAGAGGGAGGCGCUGUUGCAGCAACAUGUGGAGCAGCUUCAGAGGGUCCUGCAGGAGCAGGCGAGGCUGUUAUCACUCCUCAGCCCAGGACUUGCGAUGAUCCAACUUUCCUCAGCCGAGGGUCUGAGCUCAACACCUGCACUGAUUUCAAACACCCACCCAGGUGCCGAGAAUGUUUCCCCGAGUGAAACAUCCGUAGAGGGACUUAGAUCUCAGACGGAGGAAAUGGCACGCUGUGUGGCUCUAACCGAUCACAGCUCUGGUAAGAAACAGGAACUGGUAUGUAGUACACUAUCUAAAGUGCUGCUAUUGGCCAACUUCACCAUUCUGGCUAUGGUACACGGGAGGAAGCAGAGAGAAAAGACCAGCAUCACAGAGGUGACCAGAAAAGUGGCCCUUCGCAGCUUUGUCCUGUCCCCGACGGUCUUCUUCUUGAGGCGGUUCACAAUCCGAGACGUGCAGAACACCAGCACUAUGAAGGGGAUGAGGAUCUGCGUGAAGAACACGAUUUCCCUCAGGAUGUCCGUCGCGUUGUCCUUGUCACGGCCGAAGCUGUUGCAGCAGUCGAAGUUCUGCAGCAUGGUGGGGGUGGUAGCGGUCUAUGGAGAUGACUGUGAGGAAGGCAAUGCUGGCUCCCCGGUUCAGGAACAACAUGAAGAGCAUGGCUUCACACACCACCUUGUUGUUGCUCCUCCGCUCUCCGUGCAGGAAGUUGUGCGCCUUCACCGGCAAACAGAUGAGCAGCAGGAUGUCGGCCAGCACCAGGUUGAAGAGGAAAAUGUUGUUGCUGUUUGUCUUCCAGAACUUCAGCUUGAAAAUGAAGAGGUAGAGCACGGCUACAUCAGUAUGUGUACAUCGGGUCAAAUUGGCAGUAAAGUUCAGACAGAACAGAGGAAUCUGUCUCCUAUUCGGGAAGAACCGGUGGAUGAACCUUAUCAGAUCAGCCCCUUUGGAGUACGAGGAAGGCGGUCAGGGAACCCCGAAGACAGACCGAUUAGACCUGCUGUGAGAGAAAGUCAGAAAACAUUUGAAGACUUUCUGGAGGAACAGCUCCGAGCUGGUGAAAGCUCACCAUCAUAUCAGGCCAGUGACAACACCAAUAUGACGCAGAAGAGGAGCUUCUUGAGAAAGGGCAAAGGGUUAUCCUGCGUUGGCAAGUUAAAAGUCAGCGUUCCAGAUGAAGAAUGUCCAAGCAGAGGCACUGUAGACGGUGGGAGUGCGGAUCCUCGAAGUUUGCAUAUAGACCAAAUAAACAACACUAAUGCAUUAGCUACUUUGGACGACGUCCAGAAAACAGCUACUGCUACUGCUGCUACUGCAGGAUGUGUCAGCCACCCUUCAGAUCGCUACACAAACCCCAAAGUACCCCAAAGUCAAGCUUGCAGUAACCAGAUGUCUGAUACACCACGCUUGGCUAAAAAUAAGAAGACUGGUGAUCAAAUUCAACGUAACAUACAGAGAAAUAACACCGCAACUUCGUUACAACAAGCAAACGCCUCACGCAGGGUCAUUCCUCGUGCGUCGGUGGGCGCUGCCACCUUUAAAAAGGUAAAUGAUGACAUCAUCCAGGUGCGCCAGAGCCAGAGGACUCCCACAACUGGCACACGCUCUGGUCCUGAUAGCUCUCACCCUGUCCUGCGGACCGCUGCCAGCCCCAACCCUAGUAGACCAGUCGCUCUCAGCCUAGCCACGGAACUCAAGCAGUGUCAGCGCAUGGCCUUCACCUCGAGUGAGACCAGUAGCAGCAGUAGUAGUGAGGAUGAGCUCGGGUCCCUAUUGUACAGGCAGCAACAACUGCCCCCUCCCUCCUCCCCACUGCCUGUUCACCUGAAGCAGCAGACCCUGGAGCUCUCGGAUGGGGACGACGCAACAAGUGAUGCCCCCAGUGACGUUGAGGCCUGUCUGGGCCCGGCUGGGCAACCCCACACUCCCACCCUCAAAUCCUUCACCCAGUCUCAGCUGCUCCCCAGCACCAGCAGUGAGGCCAGUGACUCUGAGCUGGGUGACUUGAGCUGGCGGCAGCAUUCGGCCACACCAUAUGCGGUCGCAAACAACAGUGUCAAAACAAAUCUCAGAACAGUGCCAGUGUCACAACCGAGCACGGACAAAGAGUUAACAAGCGCCAUGCCUGUGUCACAGCUGCUCAGCAGUCUUUUCCCCAAGAUGGAUGAGCCUCUGGGCAGCAGUGCAGGCCGCAACUCACAGAGGGACAAAGUCCAGCAGUUGGAGGGCCAUGGGUGUGGUGCCAGGGCACCAGGACAAACACAGAGAUGUCUGAAUGGAGCAAUUAGGCCCGAAGGGAAGCACAAGACCCUGUUUAAUGAACUGAAAACCACACAGGACGAGGCCAUGCACUUUCUCAGAUAUGGCAGCGGAAUGUAUGCAAAGUCUACAAGAGGAGAGGGGGGUGAUGACAUGAUUAAGAUGGAGCAGCUCCAGGAGAGGCUGUUCUCCCUGCAGGAGCUGCUGGAGCAGAGGGAGAGGGAGUGGAGCAGGGCUCACGGCCAGCUACGAGGCCACAUGGACUCGCUCAUCAGGGAGAACCAGGAGCUCAGAGGCAGAUUCCCCUUCACUUCCGCCGCCGCCGCUUCCACUGAAGUGCCAACCCACCUGGAUCAGAGUGAUAAAGAUCAGCAGCAAUUGUAUAAUCAAAGAUGUCAACCAAGAAUCCCUACUCCUGCUUUUAAAAUGACCCCUGAACCUCAAAACAGCACCUCUUCUAUGCGACUGGUGUCACAUCCAACCCUUCAUAGUUACAUCAAGGGAACAAAGCAUUCAAGACCAAAUACACCUUUUGAUUUUGCUCUACACAACUCAGGAAUGUCAUCUGCAAAGUCCAGACGCCCUGAGGGAGCCUGGAGCCAGGUCGCACACCAAACCAGGUCGCAUGUCAGGAAUGGCAUAGAGGUACCGGGGGUGUCUGAAUGCAGCCACAGGAAGCUAAGGGGAUGUCCUGAUAAAAGCUGCAGCUCCAGGGCCAGGCAGACACCAGUGACCAGUGAGGAGAUCUUCUCUCAUUCUGACCACAUGGUCAACAGUAACCCGUUUACACUGAAAGACAAGAAGGUGCCCAUGAAAGUGAAAGAGGAGAUAAAUUAUCCAGAUGGAAAGGUUGAACAGAUUCUUUCCUCCGGUUGCCGUGUCAUCACAUAUAGGGAUGGGACUAGAAAAGAUGUAUCUGUGGACGGGAAGACGACCACGAUUACAUUCUUCAACGGGGAUGUGAAAGAAACACUAGGCGAUGACACAGUGGUGUACCAUUAUCGUGAUGCCCAGGCGACGCAUACAUCAUUCCCCUCAGGCCUGCAAGUCCUGCGCUUUGCAAACAACCAACAAGAGAACCAUUAUCCUGAUGGGAGCAGAGAGAUCAUUUUCCCUGAUGGCACAGUCAAGCGCAUCUUCCCCAAUGGCCGGCAGGAGAGCACCUUUCCUGAUGGCACCGUGGUUAAAUUAACAGAGACAGGGGAGAAAUCAGUUGACUUCCCUAAUGGACAGCGUGAUAUCCAUACUCCCCGAUACAUGAGAAAGGACAACCCAGAUGUUACAUUGAGGACAGCAUACAUAAAUGGAAGACAUGAGAAAACAUACUUAGCAGGGAAUGGCCUUGACAUGAACCAUGACAUAAACGGCACUAAAAUUAAACACUAACUGUACAGGAAUUGAUUAUUUGAUUGAAGCCCUUAAAUCUAAUAAAACUAAUAAAUAGCUUAUUACUU